AUGGGAAAGAAGCUGGUGAUGGCCCAGAAGCGGGGAGAGACUCGGGCCCUCUGCCUGGGAGUGGCCAUGGUAGUGGGCGCUGUCAUCACCUACUACAUCUUGGGCACCACUGUGCUGCCCCUUUAUCAGAAAAGCGUGUGGACCCAGGAAUCCACGUGUCACCUGAUUGAGACCAACAUCAGGGACCAGGAGGAGCUGGAGGGCAAGAGGGUGCCCCAGUACCCAUGCCUGUGGGUCAACGUGUCGUCCGUGGGCCGCUGGGCUGUGCUGUACCACACAGAGGACACUCGGGACCAGAACCACCAGUGCUCCUACAUCCCAAGCAGCCUGGACAACUACCAAGUGGCCCGGGCCGACGUGGAGAAGGUCAGAGCCAGGUUUCACGAGCACCAGGAUUUCUUCUGCUUCUCCACGACUCGGGAGAAUGAGACCAGCGUCCUAUACCGGCGCCUCUAUGGGCCCCAGAGCCUCCUCUUCUCUCUCUUCUGGCCCACCUUUCUGCUGACCGGCGGCCUGCUCAUCAUCGUCAUGGUGAAGAUCAACCAGUCCCUGUCCAUCCUGGCGGCCCAGAGGUAGAUCCAUGCAGGCCCAUCACCUCUGGGGCUGUUCCCGCUCGUGUCCCGUGCUCCCCCGCCUGCCUUCGCCCCCUCCCCCUCCGGCCUUCUGUCUUCCACUGCACAGAUGGUCUUUGGGAAAUCCCUUAGUUAAGUCAUUUCCUGCUCAAGACUGUUCAAUGGCUCCUCGGGACCCAGGAGAACUGAAGGUCAACCUGUGAUGGUUCUCCGUCCCUGACCCCACUCAAUCCAUCCAUUUAACUCAAAUCUGUUUUCUGCUAUUCGGCUGUCCACUGGACUGAUGCCAGUGAUUCUCACUUCAGUGCCUGCUAGGCCCUCCCAGGAAGUGCUCCCCGACAAGCCUCCAUUCCUUCUUGGAAUUCCGAAGUGAAAAUGGUAGCAGCCGCAUAGACAGAGCACGUUCAUUAGUGGGACAUCGCUUGUUUGCAGCAGUCUCAGAUCUGUAUACAUUCUUAUACCAAUAUUAACAAGUACAGGUACAAACUUCCAGUCUUGAAGUCAUGGGGAUGUAACUGCAACAUGGUGACAAUAAUUAGUAAUACUUCACUGCAUAUUUGAAAGUUGCUAAGAGAGUAGGUCUUAAAAGCGC